AGUGAUGAUGAUUCAGAAAAGUAGUAGUAUCAAAUCAAGAAGUAGCUGGUGCUUACUAGUAUUACGACGAAAUUCUUCUCACUCGCAGAUUCGGAGUAAUGGGCAAGUCGUGGAGAAGAAGCAACACGAUGGGUUGUAUCUGCAAAAGAGCAAAGGGCAGCACCUUCUUACCAACACCAGAGUCCUCGAUUCCAUCGUCCGAAGCUCCCAUGUCAGGCCCACCGACACCGUCUUGGAGAUCGGUCCUGGUACUGGCAAUCUCACCAUGAAACUUCUACAAGCUGCCAACCAUGUCGUCGCCGUCGAGCUUGAUAAGCGUAUGGUUGACAUUCUCCGCACUAGGGUUUCUGGCCAUGGUUUUCUACAUAAACUUACGAUAAUUCAGAAAGAUGUCCUCAAGACAGAUUUCCCUGAGUUCGAUCUCGUGGUUGCUAAUAUUCCAUACAACAUAUCUUCCCCUCUCGUGGCGAAGCUUGUCUACGGCUCCAACUCCUUCCGCAGCGCCACUCUCUUGCUUCAGAAGGAAUUCUCCCGCCGCCUCUUGGCUAACCCUGGUGAUUCUGAUUUCAACAGAUUGGCUAUGAAUGUGAGGCUCCUGGCUGAUGUCAAAUUCGUUAUGGAUGUGAGCAAAAGAGAGUUUGUCCCGCCCCCUAAAGUGGAUUCAUCUGUUGUUAUGAUCACACCCAAAGAGGUCAAACCUGAUGUUAAUGUUCAAGAAUGGCUGUCCUUCACUCGCGCCUGUUUCGGGAACAAGAAUAAGACCCUUGGUUCCAUGUUUAGGCAGAAGAAGAAGGUCAUGGAGUUGCUGAGUUUGUCCCAAGUUGGAAUUACUAGGAAUGCCAGUUUUGACCAAGGGGAAAACCAAGUCUUGUGUUUGGAUACAGAUGCAAGUGUGUUCAAGGAAAGGGUGAUCGAAAUUCUCAAGUCGAAUGGGUUCGAAGACAAGAGACCAUCCAAGCUCUCUCAUUCUGAGUUAUUACAUUUGCUUUCUCUGUUCAACCAAGCUGGCAUCUUUUUCCAUUCCUUACCACUGGAUCUCCUACUACACGAUUAUUGAUGCUAGGCCCAAGCCUAAGAGGGAGAAGAAGUUCCUUCGUACCAAUAAAUUAUCAGUUUUCUUCUCCUUUCUUUGAAAUCCACAAUGACUUUAUGGAGUUCCUGUGACCUGAAUUGCACCAUGAGAAACUUG